AUGCCGGUGGUACCAUGUGCUGACCCGGGUGGGUGCUUGCAGGUGAGCCUGGCCAUUGCGUCCAAAACCACUCACCCCUGUGCUCACAAUGCAGGUGCUGGCAUGACUGUCCAGGACUUCUGCAGCUCACCAGGUGACCUCCCAGCUCCUGCGCUGUUCCUGAAUGUGAUCAGCGCCCAGGAGGGAGAACUGGUUUUGGCUCGCUGCUCCCUGGGUGGGGAGUUUCCCGCUACCCGAAUCAUCUUCUGCAAGGAUGGGAUGGAGGUGUACAGCCUGAAAGCCGUACGGACACAACUGAGUUACUCCGUUCCCCUGAAGGCCUCCCACGAGAGCACGGGGAGGUACACGUGUGGGUACCAGCACAAGGAUGGGAGCAACCGGGUGAGAAGCUCUUCCCUCAGUGCUCCCCGGGACCUGGCAAUCGCAGGCACUGCCACCACUCCCAGCACCAGCCCCCAGGAAAAGCCAUCACCCGGAGCACCCACAACAGGCAUCGCACUGGGCGUGGUGGCUGCCUCCCUCCUCCUGCUCCUGCCUCCAGCAACGUAUUUCACCGUGAAGAAAUUUGCCUGUAAAGAGAUAAACCAAAGGCAACAAGAAGUGCCCAGCCACGCGGAGGACACGACCGACUACGGCCAGAUGCACUAUUCCACCAUCACCCACUUUGGAGGUGGCAGGCCUCACCCGCUACAGAGGGACAACACCUCAACGUAUGCCAUCGUGAAUUACUCCCGCAUGCAGGCUGCGUAG